AUGCGGCCCCGCCGCCCCUCUGCUACGCGGCCCGCCGCCCUCUGCUACGCGGCCCCCGCCGCCCUUCGAUCGCGGCCCCGCCGCCCCUUUACCCACGCGGCCCCGCCGCCCCUGCUACGCGGCCCCGCCGCCCUCUGCUACGCCGGCCCCGCCGCCCUUCGAUCGCGGGCCCCGCCGCCCUCUGCUACGCGGCCCGCCGCCCUCUGCUACGCGGCCCCGCCCGCCCCCUGCUACGCGGCCCCGCCGCUCUCUUCGGUCGCGGGCCCCGCCGCCCUCUGCUACGCGGCCCCGCCGCCCUCUCGCUACGCGGCCCCUCCGCACUCUGCUACGCGGCCCCGCCGAUCCGCCCAGCAGCAGCCGCCGCCGCCUGCUGAAGCCGCCGGCCGAGCGCCGCGAGCGUCGCCGAGCCGCCGCCGAGCCGCGCGAGCCGCCGCCGAGCCGCCGCCCGAGCCGCCGCCGAGCCGCCCGAGCCGCCGCCGAGCCGCCCCUGCUGUCAUGGCCACCCCCAAUGUUCUUACCUUUGACGCUGAGGGGAGGGCCAUUGACUUUGCCGUCUGGAUUGAAGACCUGCAGCUGUACUUACUGUGUGAUGCGAUAGAUGAGGUCUCUCUCUUUGACUUUGUCUCUGGCGCUGUCCCUGCCCCACCUGCUGAUGCUGACUCUGCCGUUCGCUCCAAGUGGGCGACCCGCGAUGCUGCUGCACGUCUUGCUGUGCGUCGCCACCUCCCUUCCUCUGAGCGUGCCCACUUUAGUCAGUGCAAGACCGCUCAGGCCUUGUACGACGCUGUAGUUGCACGCUACUCCUCCCCUUCCUCCGCUACCCUUAGCCGCCUCAUGCUACCGUUUCUCUUCCCUGACCUCGCUUCCUUUCCCACUGUCGCUGACCUCGUUACCCACCUCCGUGCUAGUGACACCCGCUACCGCGCUGCCCUUCCUGCUGAGUUCCGCGCUGCGAACCCUCCUCCCAUGUACAUCACUCUCUACUUUCUCGUCACCCGUCUCCCUGAGUCCCUUCGUGUCGUUAGGGACCAGUUUCUCUCUGUCUGUCCCACCACUCUCACUGUCGACCUCCUUGAGGAGUCCCUGCUAGCGGCUGAGAAGAGUAUUGUCGCUGUAGGGGCCUCUCGGGGUGACCCUCGCACCCCCAUCUUUGAGGGGUGUGGUCCUUCCCCCCUGCUGCCCUCUGUCGCCUCUGCCGCUGCGGCCGACCUCACUGGUUUUGAGUCGGUCGGCGCGGCGUCUGCCCCCAGCGGCAGACGCCGCGCUGGCAAGGGCAAGGGGGGCAAGGGAGCGGGUGGAGCUAGAGGGGGCGGUGGAGGAGGCGGUGGGGGUGGCGGGGGGAGUGGGGGUGGCGGUGGGGGUGGUGGCGGGAGUGGAGGUACUGGUGGCGGCGGUGGAGGCGGAGGUGGCGGCGGAGGUGGUAGCGGAGGAGGCGGUGGGAGCGGUGGGAGCGACGGUCCUGGUGGGGGAGGUGGAGGUGGAGACGGGGGUGGCGGUGGAGGCGGGGGUGGCAGUGGAGGCGGGGGUCGGAGUGGCUCGUCCCAGCGGAGCAGCUCCGGGGGUGGUCAGCGCCAGCAGCAGCAGCAGCAGCAGCAGCCGCAGCAGCAGCCACAGCAGCAGCAGCGCUCUCGCACCGGGAGAGGUGUGGAGGCGCCCACACUGCCCGCCGCUGCUUUGGCCGCCUGA